GUUAAAAAGAUGGAUGGAACAUUGAGGCUUUGUAUUGAUUAUGGAUAGUUGAAUCAGGUGAUCAUCAAAAACGAGUAUUUUCUGAAGUAACGACUUGCUUGAUUAAUUACAGGGUGCGCAAGUAUUUUUAGAAAUUGAUUGAAGGUCGGGUUACCGUCUAUUGAGGAUCAAGGAGGAGAAUAUUUCGGUCACUCGUGGAUAAUUAUGUAAUUGUAUUGUAUUGAUGAAACUAUUUAAGAGUAGGAGGAGGAAAUAAAGAUAUCAUAAUCCUCAUCUUUUCAUCGAUUGAGCUAUGAUCAAUUUAGAGGACUAAAUUUUCUUUUAAGGGGGGGAGAGUGUAAUAUCCCUCGCUUUUAAAAAUUAUUAAUAAAGAUUUAUUUAUAAAUUGGAGGACCUAUAUGUAAAUAUAGAAAUUUCAAAGACUAAACUGUUAAGUUGUAAAAAGAAGUAAAUAAAGAAAAACCGAAAAUUUCGGUUUUAUCCCACCGCCUCCCAUGCACUCUCUAUUUCUUCGAGAAACAGAGAGGAGCGGUGGGGCAUGAGGAGUGAAGAAAAGAAGAAGAAGAGGGAAAAGAAGAGAGGAGGAAGAAGAGAGGAAGAAGAGGGAGAAGAGAAGAAGAAGAAGAAGAAGAAGAAGAAGAAGAGGAGGUGGCUGCAGCGAGGGCUGCAGCGAGGAGCUGUGGGGCGUGGGGAGAAGAAGAGAGGAAGAAGAGGGAGAAGAGAAGAAGAAGAAGAAGAAGAAGAAGAAGAAGAAGAAGAAGAAGAAGAGAGGAGGAUAGCUGCGGCAAGGCUGCAGCGAGGAGGUGUGUGGCUUUGGGGAGGAAAAGGGAAGAGGAGAAGAAGAGAAGGAGAAGAAGAGGGAAAAGAGAGGCAGCUGCAGCAGCCAGGGCUGCAGCACCUCUGUUUCCCGCAGGUGGAAACAGAGGAGAGGAUGUGUGGGGCGUUGAGGAUGAAAAGGGAAGAAGAAGAAGAAGAAGAAGAAGAAGAAGAAGAUAGCUGCGGCAAGGCUGCAGCGAGGAGAUGUGUGGCCUUGGGGAGGAAAAGGGAAGAGGGGAAGAGGAGAAGAAGAAGAAGAGGAAGAGAAAGAGGUGUGAUACCUCUGUUUCCUGCAGAGGAAACAGAGGAGAGGGUGUGUGUGACGCCGGGGAAGAAGGGGCUGCAGCUGCGGCGAUGGCAGCUGCAGCUGGAAGAGAAGAAGAAGAGGAAGAUGAGCAGGGGAGGAGGGAGAGGUUGCGGCCGUGGCUGCGGCCGCGACUGCAGCAGUUGCAGCGGGGAGAGAAGAAGAAGAAAGGAAGGAGAAGGAAGAGGAGAAGGGAAAGAAGUAGCUGCGGCUGCGGUUGUGGCAGCUGCAGCUAUGGCAGGGAAAGAGGAAGAGAAAAAGGAAAGGAAGAAGAAGAGAAAGGGAAGGAGAGGAAGAAGAGAGGAAGAGGAGAAGGGGCUGCGGCUGCGGCGAUGGCAGCUGCAGCUGUGGCAGGGAAAGAGAAAAAGGAAAGGAAGAAGAAGAGAAAGGGAAGGAGAGGAAGAAGAGAGGAAGAGGAGAAGGGGCUGCGGCUGCGGUGAUGGCAGCUGCAGCUGUGGCUGGGAAAGAAGAGAAGGAAAGGAAGAAGAAGAGAAAGGGAAGGAGAGGAAGAAGAGAGGAAGAGGAGAAGGGGUGGCAGCUGCGGCAGUGGCAGCUGCAGUUGGAAGAGAAGUAGGAGAGGAAAUAGAGUAGCAGAGGAAGUAGAGGCUGCGGUUGUGGUGGCUGCGGCCAUGGCUGCGACUGUGACUGCGGCAGUUGCAGCCGGCAGCCGGGAAAGAAAGGAAAGGAAAGGGGGAAAAAGGGGCUGCGGACGGGAUUGCGGCCGCAGCGGCAGCGACUGCGUAUGCAGCAGUUAUGUCUGCGAGAGAAGGGAAGAAGGAAAUAGUGCAGUGGAAGGGGGCUGCGGUUGUGACCGCAGUUGCGGUCGUGGCUGCGAUUGUGGCAGCGGCAGCGGCGGCGGCUGUGGCAGCUGCGUUUGGGAAAGAAAAAGAAGGAAUGAGAGUAAGAGAGAGCAGGUGACUGUGCCUCGAUGUUCGACACGUGAUGUAGUUACGAAGAAAGGAAGAAAACGGGAGCACAAAACGAAACAGAGAGAGGACACGGAGGAAAAGUAGAAAGAUUGGAUUGGCACCUUCCUUGGAUAUUCAGAUCAAAAUAUUUGAAAGGUCAGCUUGUCACUCUUCGAGAUGUUUGAUUUGGGCUGAGGCAGUGGAUAGCUAUUCAGAAUUAUUGGCAAGUCUUGUCGGUUGUUAUGCUAUUGUUGUAUAAGCAUAUUUUGUAUGUAAUGAAUUGUUUUGAUGAUCGAAAUGGAUAUACUGUGUAAAA